AUGACAUCGCAGUCACCACCCUCGAUACCCUCAACAAUGCGGGCGUGGCAGUUGUCCACGACCCAUGGAGGCGUAGAAAAAAACCUCAAAUUGAAUAGCUCGGCACCCUUGCCGCCUCACAACGACAAAGCCCUGGGCAGGAAUAAAGUCCUCGUCCAAGUUCUCGCGGCAUCCCUGAACCCCGUCGAUUACAAGCUGGUUGAGCUACCCGUGGUCGGGCGCAUAGCGGUCAAGAGGCCAUUUUGCCCAGGUCUAGAUUUUGCAGGGCGAGUGAUAAAACCCGCUGCAGGAGCCGCCUCAGACUUCCCGGUAGGACACCUCGUUUUCGGGCGUUUACCGAUUUCAACCUCGUUCGGCACCCUGGAAGACUAUACGGUCGCACAGACUGGGCAACUAGCGAAGCUCCCAGAAGGCGUAUCUAUCCAGGAUGCCGCCUCCGUCGGUACCGCCGGGUUGACCGCCUAUGAAUGCAUCAUUCCAAAUGUUAAAGCUGGAGAUAGGGUCCUGAUCAACGGGGGUAGUGGGGGAACAGGCGUUUGGGGCAUUCAAUUCGCGAAAGCCGUCGGUUGUUAUGUUGCGACAAUAUGUUCUGGAAGGAAUGCCGAGUUCUGUCAAGGACUUGGUGCAGAUGAAGUGAUUGACUAUCAGUCUCAGAACAUCGUCGAUGCUCUCAAGAAAAGCACUGCUGAGUCUGGACACAAAUUCGACUUGGUGGUGGACAAUGUCGGCACAUCACCGGAAUUGUACUGGAACUGCCACCACUUCACCAAUCAUAGAGCCAAGUACGUUCAAGUUGGCAGCGAAAUAUCAUUGGGCGCAGUCUUUGACAUUGCAAAGAGAAUGCUAUGGCCGUCUUUCUUGGGUGGAGGAAGACGGAAGAUUCAGUUCCUCUCGGUCCAAGGCAGCAGGAAGGACCUGGAGGGUAUUGGAGAGUGGAUGAGUCAAGGUAAAGUCCGGGCUGUCCAAGAUUCAGUGUUGCGCAUGGAGGACGUUCCCAAGGCGUUCGAGCGACUCAAGACACAUCGGGCACGGGGCAAAGUCGUUGUGACGGUGAAUGAAUAG